CUGGACACUGAGAUAUACAGAGGAAGUAUGAGACCACAAAGUAAAACAAAGUGUCUUUGUUAGUUUCAGAACAUGUGAGUUUUAUAGUCAGAUGAAGUGUGUGUGUCAGUGACUGUCUGCAGACUCAGCUGGAACCAAAGUCCAGCUCCGUCCUGUACGUGGCAGCAGACAGACAGGCCGUUAUAAAGGCAGAGAGACAGCUGAUGUCUCACCACCACCCCCUCCGCCCUCCCCUCCACACCCACACACACAGUGAGACAGCACAGCGGCGGACUGUCGGGGCGGUGUGAAGUGCUCUGUGACCCGGUCUGUGUGCGCUCUGGCCAUGCGGGGAGAGGAUGGGGGAAGAGCCCAGAGUUUCUCCGCUGAAGAACUUCGUGGCCGGGGGAGUCGGUGGAGCCUGUCUGCUGCUGGCCGGACACCCGCUGGACACCAUCAAGGUGAGACUACAGACGCAGCCCAAAGCCUCCUGCGCUCAGUAUGUGCUCUACACAGGAACAUACGACUGCUUCCGCAAGACUGUGUCCAAAGAGGGUAUCCUCGGCCUCUAUAAAGGUAUGGGGGCUCCCCUGGCGGGCGUGGCUCCCAUGAUGGCCAUCAGUUUCUUUGGCUUCGGUCUGGGGAAACAGCUCCAGCAGACGGAUCCUGGCAAACCCCUAACACACUCUCAGAUAUUCCUGUCCGGCUGUCUGGCAGGAGUCUUCACCACGGUGAUUGUGGCUCCGGGAGAGAGGAUCAAAUGUUUACUGCAGGUGCAGGCCAGCAGCGGCCGGUUGAAGUAUGCAGGUCCAGUUGACUGUGCUGUCAGGCUCUAUAAGGAGCAGGGGAUCCGCAGUGUCUACAAAGGGACUGUGCUUACUCUCAUCAGAGAUGUGCCUUCUAAUGGUCUCUACUUCCUGACUUAUGAAUACCUCAAAAACUUCCUGACACCUGAAGGUCAAAGUGUCUCUCAGCUCAGCACUCCCAACAUCCUCCUGGCCGGAGGCGUCGCAGGGAUAUUAAACUGGACGAUCGCUCUUCCUCCAGAUGUCCUCAAAUCCAACUUCCAGACAGCUGCAGACGGGAAGUACAGAGGUCUGCUCGACGUCCUGAGAACGCUGCUUCGAGAAGAAGGACCUACAGGCCUCUAUAAGGGCUUUAACGCUGUCUUCCUGCGAGCCUUCCCUGCCAACGCGGCCUGUUUUCUGGGGUUUGAGGUGGCACUGAAGGGAUUAAACACACUCGCACCCAGUUGGUGAAAUGAUCCAGUUUGUAAAGAAGAGGCCUCAGUCUGGACCAGAACAAAACUCUCCUCUGAGUCACAUCUGUUUCUUUGUACCUCAAACUGUUUCAUGUCACAUUUCAGGACAGUGAAAUGUGAGGAAUCUUCUGUAUUCUUAAAUGUAUUUUUACAUUUAAUUUUACAAAUUAAUUAAUUUAAUUGUCAUCCUUUGCAACCAUGAUUUUAUUCUCACUUUUUGUGAGCAACAGCACAUGCACAUUUACGAAUGUAUGAUUUUUAAGUGUUUACAAACUAUUUAUGAUGUUUGUACAAUAAUACAUUUAGCCCCAUUUAGUUUAAUAUGGAUUUAAAGAUGUUUUUACAGAUUUACAGGCUCUGCCAUAAGGUUUGCUCUGUGCACAGGCAGCGGGGAAGUUUUAUAAGCUUUGUGAAUAAAAUGUUUGAAUAAAGA